AUGGCCAAUCUCUCACCAUUCUUCACUCUUCUUAUCGCGAUCUGCUGCAGCCUCCUCGGUUUGCCAGCUCUAGCAGCUGCAGAUGAUGGCGAAUCUGUCCUCCACAGCGAGGUGAGCCGGGCUCACAAUCAGAGUCUCUUCUGGGGACCUUAUAAGCCCAAUCUCUAUUUUGGUGUCAGACCUCGGGUGCCGCAGGGUCUCUGGACCGGCCUCAUGUGGGGCAAGGUUAAUGAUUUCGACACCCUCCGGAGCUCUUUCCGAUAUACCUGCGAGCAACACGAGGGCCUAGCAGGCUAUGGAUGGGACGAGUACGACGUCCGGCGCGGCGGCAUCGAGACAAUCCACGACGUUGCCAACCAGGUUGAUAUCACUGUGUCUUUUGUGAAGGUUCCUGGAGGUGCCCACGGUGGCAGUUGGGCUGCCAGGAUCAAGGGCGUACCUCGACCCGACGCCCCGGCAGACCUACAAACGAUGCUCACCUACUACAUUGCACAAGAAGGCGGCGGCGAACUCGAAAUCAAGACCGACGGAACAGAUUCUGGCUUCGAAGGAGAUAUUACCUUUGCCGGAAGGUCAGGAACUCUUGGUGACUACAAACUCGUCGUCUCGAAAGGGAUUGGCAACCAUCCCACUAGCGACCACGACCUCGCGGCACGUCGACAGCCUGGCAAGACUACGAUUCGGUCAGUUCAGAUGCCCGACGAAGUUCUGUGGCAGGCAAAGGGUGUCGUCUUCAACCAGCUGUCUGAGGGCAUCACCAACGUCGCCAACACGUACACCACCGAAGAUGGCCCUCCGGCCUUCCUUGUUUACCAGCUGGAGAACAACCCCGGCAAAGGCAAUUUGCACAUUGUGCAGAAAAUCUUCGAGGGGCCUUUUGAGUUUGACGUACUCUUCUCGUCGAGCUCAGCUGGAAAGGAGCUUACCGAGGCUGACGUCACCGCUCAGAUCAAGAGCAACAGCGACGCCUUUAGCGACAAGUUCUCCAAGAUCUUCGAGCUUCAGGCCCCCUUCAAGGAUGACAAGUACAAAUCGUUCGCCAAGAACAUGUUUUCCAACCUCGUGGGCGGUAUCGGUUAUUUUAACGGCCAUCAACUCGUCGACCGCUCAUAUGCGCCCGAGUACGAGGAGUACAACGAGGGGUUCUGGGAGGAAACCGCAGAAGCCAGGGCGAGGCGGCAGGAGAAACUCGAGGGCCCAUAUGAGUUGUUUACUAGUGUUCCAUCGCGGCCAUUCUUCCCUCGAGGUUUCCUUUGGGACGAAGGCUUCCACUUGAUCCCAAUUCUCGAAUGGGAUAACGAUCUGGCUCUGGAAAUUGUGAAGAGUUGGUUCAACACAAUGGAUGACGAUGGCUGGAUUGCGCGUGAGCAGAUCUUGGGUGCUGAGCCCCGUAGUAAAGUCCCGGAAGCCUUCCAGGUCCAAUACCCCCAUUACGCAAACCCUCCGACCCUCUUCCUUAUCAUUGAGAACUUCAUGAACAACCUGCGGAAGAUGAACGGCACCCUUCCGGAACGUAGAGAAACUUUGGCGUUCCCCGAAAGCCCUCUCGAGAGUGCCCACUUGGACUUCCCCGAAUUGGGAGAGGCGUAUCUACGCUCCAUUUACCCACUCCUGCGCCUUCACUACGAUUGGUUCCGCAAGACGCAGCGUGGAGACAUAAAGUCCUACGACAGAGAGGCAUUUUCGACCAAAGAGGCCUACCGAUGGCGAGGCCGCAGCGAAGCGCACUGUUUAACCAGUGGACUGGAUGAUUAUCCUCGUCCGCAGCCCCCCCACCCUGCUGAGCUUCAUGUCGAUUUGAUGUCUUGGGUUGGCUUCAUGACCAAAUCCCUCUUGAACAUUGCCGACGCCCUGGGCAUGACUGAAGAGGUCGAAGAGUACAAGAAAAUAAAGAAUGCCAUUGAGCGUAAUCUUAACGACCUCCAUUGGUCUGAGGAGGAAGGGUGUUUCUGCGACGCCACAGUUGACGAUUUCGAAGAGCACACCCUCGUGUGCCACAAGGGCUAUAUUUCCCUCUUCCCCUUCCUCGUCGGACUCAUGAAGCCGGAUGAUCCCAAGCUUGGGAAGAUUCUGGAUCUUAUCGGCGAUGAGAAGCAUCUGUUCAGCAAGCAUGGACUUCGAAGCUUGAGCGCCCAGGAUGAGCUCUACGGAACGGCCGAGAACUAUUGGAGGAGCCCUGUCUGGAUUAACAUAAACUACCUGGCAAUCGUCCAGCUGCACGAUGUCGCUGUGCAGGAGGGUCCCUUCAAGGCCAAGGCCACAGACCUGUAUAGAAGGCUACGGAAGAACGUAGUCGACACAAUAUACAAAUCCUGGGUCGACACAGGCUUCGCCUGGGAGCAGUAUAACCCCGAAACUGGGCAGGGUCAGCGCACCCAACACUUCACGGGUUGGACAAGCUUGGUCGUCCAGAUUAUGGCCAUGGACGAUGUUCCCGCGGUAGGCCACGUCAGAGACGAGCUGUGA